AGCUUAUAAGUUAUAACCCACCUGUGCCAUUUCUAUCUCCAUUUCUCAUCCACAUCCUAACUCCCACCCACCACCACUCCUCCCUCUCCCUCUCUCCCCCUCCCCCUCACCGCCCUCAUCAUGUUAUUCUUAACCACACUCCUUGCCCUGCCCCUCGUAGCCAACGCACUCCCUGCCCCCGCCGCCAGCCCAGCCGUCGAGAAGAGGUCCGUCAAUUUGGGAUGGGAUUAUGGCGAGGAGAAAGUGCGAGGCGUCAAUAUUGGGGGUUGGUUGGUCAUCGAGCCGUUCAUAACACCAUCCAUCUUUGAAUCGACUGGGAAUGAAGACAUCAUCGACGAGUACACUUUCUGCCAAUACCAAGACUACGAUACUGCACAGAGUGCCCUGCAAAAUCACUGGGACACGUGGUUCACCGAGGACGACUUUGCAAAGAUUGCAGCUGCUGGCUUGAAUCACGUCCGCAUCCCGAUCGGCUACUGGGCAUACGACGUACAAGGCGACGAGCCUUACAUACAAGGUGCCGCCGACUAUCUCGACAAGGCGAUCGGAUGGGCGGGCAACCACGGUCUGAAAGUGUUGGUGGACUUGCACGGCGUUCCUGGCAGUCAAAACGGAUACGAUAACUCGGGACAGAGGGGAGAUGCUCUUUGGGCAACCGAUUCCAACAACGUUGAGCGGGCCAAGAAUGUCGUUGCCACUCUUGCUACAAAAUACUCUGACCCCCAAUAUUACGGUGUGGUUACUGCUAUCGCCUUGCUGAACGAGCCCGCCACCUACUUGAACGACGAACUCCUCUCCACCACUCGUCAAUACUGGUAUGAUGCCUAUGUUGUUGCGAGGUACCCCUUUGGCAACAGCGAUAAAUCUGGCUUAGCUAUCGUCAUCCACGAUGGCUUCCAAGAUCCCUCUACUUACAACAACUACAUGACGGAGCCCGACUAUGAGGACGUUAUCUUGGACACCCACAACUACCAAGUCUUUAACGACGAGUAUGUGGCUUGGGACUGGGACCAGCACAUCUCUGGUGUCUGCGACAAGGCCAGCACUUACUCUGCCGCCGACCUUUGGCUCAUUGUUGGCGAGUGGUCUUUGGCGAGUACUGAUUGCGCCAAGUACCUCAACGGCCGUGGCAUCGGUGCUCGAUACGACGGCUCCUACUCUGGCUCUAGCUACGUUGGCGACUGCUCUGACAAGUCCAACGACGUCUCUCAGUACUCUUCGUUAGUAAUCCACUGAUUCAUUCAACCACCGCUCACACUCGCACAGCGAAUACAAGGCCUUUAUGCGCAAGUACUGGGACGUCCAGACUCAGCUGUACGAGGCCAACGGCCAGGGCUGGAUUCAUUGGACUUGGAAGACUGAAGAUGCCGCUGACUGGGGUUACGAGGCUGGUAUUGAUGGUGGAUGGAUCCCCGCCGACGCGUGGUACCACGACAGCCCGCUUUCAUCUUACUGUGGUUAGAUGGACGGUUACGUGAAUACCCCAAGGUGAUUCUAUACACCUAUAAACCUUGUAUACCCCCAAGAUACGGGACAGUGUUCCCUCCGGACUUUAUGAUUACCAUAAGCUUGUAGGAAGAAAGUAGCUAGUCAGAAGAAACCCGCCUAAUACCAAAGCAUGGAGUCAAAUGCAUUUAUCCUCACC